UGAUGUUUAAGAAAUAUGCAUUUGUAGGCUAUCUAGAUUCACACAAACGUCAUGUUUUCUGACUAGGUGCGCCGCUGUUUACACACACUCACACACACACACACACAGAGGCAGAGGCACUUUCACUAUCUGCCCGCGCAACUCUCUGUCAUUGACUUUUUGUACUUGACGUAACACAGAAACUUUAUUUCCUACUUCCUGGUCUUAAACUCUGCUCUUGAUCAAUGGCUCAGCGUGCUGGAAAAACGCUGCAAAUAUAGUCAAACAUGAAAACACGCGCAGCUUUCUCAAACAUCCGCCUCAGCUUCACUUCUUGAUCGUGAUUUUGCAGAAUUGAACCAUGACAGAAACGAGUCGACCUCAGCGCAAGCUGUCCAGAGCUGGAGAGAGUUUAUACCAGACGUUAGGCCUGCAGAAAGGAGCGUCGUCUGAAGAUAUUAAGAAAGCAUACAGGAAACUUGCACUGAAGCAUCACCCGGAUAAAAACCCCAACAACCCGGAAGCAGCAGAGAAGUUUAAAGAGAUCAACAAUGCCAACAGCAUCCUCAAUGAUGAGACUAAACGUCAGAUCUAUGAUGAGUACGGCUCCAUGGGCCUCUACAUCGCAGAUCAGUUCGGAGAGGACAGCGUGAAAUAUUACUUCCUCAUGUCCAAGUGCUGGUUUAAGACUCUUCUCUGUAUAGGGACGAUCUUAACGUGCUGCUGCUGCUGUUGCUGCUGCUGUUUCUGCUGUGGGAAAUGUGGCGGUUCAGAGCCUCCAGAUAAUUUCCAGUAUGUAGAUCCAGAAGAGCUGGCGGAGGAGGAAGAGCGCAGCAGAGAUAAUGAAACGGUAAUAAUAGGACAGCCCAUUCCCUCUCCGGCUCCAGCUGCAGAUUCAGGUUAUCCUGUGAUUGUGGGAAUGCCUAUUCCUCUAUCAGCAGAUGGAGACACUGCUAGCCUGAUCCCUCCAGACACACACGUGGAGGUCAUCAAGGAAUAGAGCAACAAACACACACCAUCCCGAAGACUGAUUCGUUUGUAUUACACACAGUGUCUUUGCAGUUUGUGUGGCUUGUUUUGUCUCCACACAUCAUGCUGUUUUUGUUUACAUCAUUUUAUAAUUGCCUUCUGUUUGCUUGAAUGUGUCUUAAUGUGUGUCUUAACGUAGAGCAACUUCAUGUCCAAAGCUUCUUCACAUGAGCUCCCGUGUACAGACCAACAUAUAUAUGAAAUUAAAUAUCAUCCAAUAUUGUGAUCCAAUAAAUUUAGGAUGUGCUGUUUUCAUAACAUCACCAUUUUUAUUGAUCUUUGCAUGUACUGUAAACAUCAAACCAUGCUUUUAUUGGUCAGAAAUUAUUCAUGCUCUUCAUAUGCUUUCAUAAUAAUGAUAAUGAAGAACAUGACUCUUCUGGAAAUUUAAUUUAAUUCUCUUUUUGUACAGUAUGACAUUGAGGCUUUAGUACAAUGCAUUCAUUUAUUUUCCUUCGAUUUAGUUCCUUUAUUUAUCGGGGGUCACCACAGCGGAAGAAAGACUAUUCCAGGAUGUUUUAUGCAGCAGAUGCUCCUCCAGCCGCAACUCAGUACUGGGAAACAUCCAUACACACUCAUACACUAUGGCCAAUUUAGUUUAUUCAAUUCACCGAUAGUGCAAUUCUUUGGACUGUGGUGGUAACAGGAGCACUCAGAGGAAACCCACGCCAACACGGGGAGAACAUGCAAACUCCGCACAGAAAUGCCAACUGACCCAGCUGGGACUCGAACCAGCGACCUUCUUGCUGUGAGGCAAUAGUGCUAACCACUGAGCCACUGUCGCCGCUCCAGCACAAUAAUAACAUAAAAUCUGGUAGUCUUUUGUUGUGUGUAUGUGCAUAAACAUGAUAUAUCAGUCACUGAAUUGAAAAAACUUGAUAAUGAGAGACUUUUAUGAUGCAUUAUGACUUACUAUGAUGCUGUCUUUAAGCAGUUUUAAAUCAAAUGUAUGUGAUAAAUUUCAUGUUAUAUGAUUGUUAGGGAAAGUUAAGGAUAUGUCUGUCCUGCUGAGUUUAAAGGACCCAUGAAAUUAAGAUUUCUGGUGAUUUUUAUAUAAAUAAUUUCACUUAAAAUAUAUAUUUUAUUACUGUAUUACACAGUACAAAGAUUGCAACCUUAAUCAACAUUUACUUGAGAAGCAAAAUGAGAUCUGUUUAAUUUAUAAAAGAUAACUAUUAAAAAUAAGCAAACUAAUGCUUGACACUAGAAGAAAUACUGGGUGUAAAGUCUAUUUUCUGAACUCCAAAUAAAUAUAUUAGUUUCUUGUUUAGAGCAUAAGUGUACAUGUUAUCAGUUUGUCAUUUUGCUUUUCAGUUAGAUAUUUGUACUGUUAAACAAAUAUAUGAAGAGUUUAGAUGCACAAACCUCCUAAUGCCAUCUGAAAUUUACAUCGAAAAUUAGCAUUUUUCUAAGCCUUGGUCUUUUGUUUAUGUUGAGUUAUUUAACUUUAAAGACAAUAAAAAUGACUUAUUCUUUCCCAUAAAAGUGAUAUUAGUGAACCUACACACAGCAGCUUGAUAAAAUGCCCAUUUUAGAAGACUAUUUCAGACGGCAUUUAGAGGUUUUUGCAUCUGAACUCGUGAAAAGGUUUUGCUAUGUUGUAAUUUUCACUGUGGUGAUAAUAUUGCACGGCCUCAGGGUUGGGUUUGUCAGAGAAUCUUUAUGUACGUUUUUGUUUAGAAUUAUAAUUGGUUGGAAAGUGACUGCUGCUGCAAUAUUUAUUUCUAUAUUAAGAACUAGAAAUCCAAUUAAUAAAAAAAAAAACAGAUUA